AUGGUUGACUCAAGUGCUAACUGGUUGCAGAACAGCAAAAAGACCUGCAAACUUUUGCUGAGGCAUGAUGAUCCAGUCACAUCACAUAACUUGCUGAGAUCUUUUCUGAUACUGUGGAAGCAACUAGAAAUAUUAAUGGCAGAAUGGGUCUGGCUGAAGCUGAGGACUGAGGAUAUCAAUUCGGUUCCUCUCUACAAAGAGUUCUGCGAGCAAUUUGGCAUGGAUAUCUUGUACCCAGCCAUGAAAGCCAUGGUCAGACAAAGGGGCAUGCAGGAGGAGUUUGGAGAGCACUCAGCAUAUACACACCCCACACCCCGAGGAGCAUCAGAAAUCGAAAUGAAAGUGUACCAGCUUCAAAAGCUUCUGGAAAGCCUAGACAUCCACAUGAUCCAUGAUGUGCAGAAGAAAAUUAGCCAGGAGAUGACACUAGUGACAGCUGAAAGAGCCAGACAAGGGACCAGUCUCUCCACUAAGCUCUGGAAACACAGGGUAAUGCAAGAAAAAUUCUCAGUUGUACAACCACAGAUAGUUGAAACAUUUGUUCAAAGGCUGAUGGAAAACUACCAAGAAUCAGAUACAGAGGUUACUUUUAAAAAAAGCCAUUUACAACAGUGUCUCACCAUACUGGGCUGUGACACCAUGGCCAGAGAGCACAGCAACUUUGAGACCUACUCCAUGUUUUAUGAAAAUAUUCUCCAGCAGCAUCAUCGUUUACCAAAAAGAGCAAAAACAAAUGCUGUUGGAAGCAGUACAGAGGAAGAUACAAGAAACCAAGAAGAGACAAAUACUCAUGUGAUGAAAGCUGAAAACACAGAGAAGAUGCUUGAAGAGGUAGGAGAAAAAGAGCAGAGAGUGAAAUGCCUAACCAAGGAAGCUGAAAAAUCUUCUAAAACAUGCCAUCUUCAACAAAAAAAGGCCAAAAAAGAAAUGCAGCAGAUAGGAAGCCAGUUAACCCAAGAGUGCAGUUUAAAACGGGAGGACUUCCAGCAGGCUGAUGAACUUCAGUGUCAAGUUUAUGACCUGGAAGCUGCAGUUUCCCAGAGGAAUGCGACAGCAGGUUCUGCUGCUCAGGUCCAGAGUAACAAGCUUUCAGCAUCCACUCAGCAUGGUGAUUACCAGCAGCAUCCUUUGAAUUUUGACCCAAGCAGCAGCAAUGGAAGAGGGGGGAGCACUCAAAGACAGUGCCUAGCAGAUGGAAGGAGAGAACAGCAGAUAGGCUAUUACCACAUCUAA